CCGCCGCCGAGGCCGCCGAGGCCGCCGCCUCCUCCAGGAUGGCGGCCGGACGCGCCGUCCCCCUCCGCCUCUGCCACCAGGACCUCGUCCGCUUCGACCUGGAGGUCAAGGCCUUCAUCCAGGAUAUCCGAGAUUGCACGGGACCCCUGAGCACACUUACAGAACUCAACGCUAAAGUGAAAGAGAAGUUUCAACAUCUGCGGCUCAGAAUACAGGAACUUGAGCAGAUGGCUAAGGAACAGGACAAAGAAUCUGAGAAGCAAGCUUUACUCCAGGAAGUGGAGAAUCACAAAAAGCAGAUGCUCAGCAAUCAGGCAGCCUGGAGGAAGGCCAAUCUGGCUUGCAAAAUCGCCAUUGAUAAUUUUGAGAAAGAUGAACUUCUGCAAGGCGGGGACCUCUUAAGACAAAGGAAAAGCACGAAGGAGAGCCUGGCCCAGACGACCAGCAGCAUCACGGAAAGCCUGAUGGGGAUCAGCAGGAUGAUGUCCCAGCAGGUCCGGCAGAGCGAGGAAGCCAUGCAGACUCUGGCCAACUCUUCCCGCACGAUCCUGGACGCAAACGAGGAGUUCAAGUCCAUGUCCGGGACCAUCCAGCUGGGCCGGAAGCUCAUCACGAAGUACAACCGGAGGGAGCUGACGGACAAGCUGCUCAUCUUCCUGGCCCUCGCUCUCUUUCUGGCCACGGUCCUCUACAUCCUGAAGAAACGCCUCUUUCCGUUUCUCUAGAUGGAGGAGCUCAGCCUGACCCGAGCGCCUUUUUUUCCUGGGGAGACACAGGGCAGAUGACCUGUGAACUCGUACGGUCCUGGGGCUCGGGCCGGUCCCCCCUCUGCUGCCCUUUCUGACUCUCGAUUUGAAGGGAACGGAUUUUGGCCGGACACUAAGAUGGAAGAGACCCUCGGCGCCGGACCCCGCCACCCUCGGAAAUCAAGCUGAGUUACCUCCCACCCAACAUGCCUUGAUCUGUGGAAAGUGGAAAAGUGGAGAGGGGAGGGGAGAAGGGGAAAGAAGAUGCGUCAGACCCUAGACUUGGAUCCAUUCCAUGAAUAAAACUGAUUGAACAGAGA